AUGGCCAGCAACCAAAUCAUACUGGUUCUCUUCUGUGGAGAAAUCUGGAAAUCACUUUCUACAGCAAUACCUCCAAACGUUUCAGUGAAUAAAAGAAAUACAUACACCAGUAUCAGGAGUCCAACAGAAGGCAAAGCUCCUCUAUACCAGCUGCAAGCCACUGGACCCAGUUCACACAAGGCUGGAAGAGCUCUGACUGUUACGACACCAGCCCCGUUCCCCGAAGAGGAGGCAGAGCCCAGUGAUGGAAGCUGGGUAGCAGCACUGCUAAUUGGCAUCAUUCUGGUUAGUAUGCUAAUAGCUAUUAUGAUAAUUCUUCUGUGGAAAAGCUGCAAGAAGCCAGCCCUAGCUGAUUCAAAUUGGGCAGGUCGCUCUCCGUUUGCAGACGGAGACACUCCAGAUCUCAUUAUGGACUCUGACCAGGCUACCAAACGCUCAUCAAUUUUAUUUAUGUUGCCCUGGAAAUCGAAACAAGACCCAAACCUACAGCAGGAUCCCACUGCACCAGGGGAACCAGCCCACUGCACUACCAGCAACGAGAAGAGCCAACUGCCUCCACCAGCUGAAGCCUGCUCCGCAGCCAGCAGCUCAGCGGCUGCUGCAGCCGAACCCCUGGAUCUGCCACCUCCACCUGCCUGGCUCACGGAACCAACUGGUGACCACAGCUCAGAGCUCAGCAAGUACCAGGAAUUUCACUCAGAAACAGAGCAACAAUUGCCCCCCCCACCAGAGUUACUUAUUCAGGAGAUUGCUGAAUCACUGCCCCAGCCUGAACACCCUCUGUAG